UCACCCCUCCUCAGAGCCAAAGCCCCACCAGCAGGGCCUGGCCGGGGCAGGGGCAGAGCUGCCUCCCUCGGUGCAGCCCAGGUCCUCAGCACUCAUUUGGGUGGGGUGUCAGGAGCCCAGAGCCUGCCUUGGGAGGGGGCUGUAGGGCCCAAGCCAACCCCUAAAGCCUGGGACCAGGCUGAGGGUCUGGCCACUUGGGAUGGUGAUCCCAGGUCAUCCUGGGGACGUAUUGGGCCAGAGACGGUGGGUCAUCCUGGGGGCAGGGUCCUGGGCUGCCAUCCUUCAGCACUUGCGAUUUGGGCCCUGAGUGUGGUCUGCAUCCUUAGCGCGUGUGUGGCAUGUCAGAGGUGCCUUUGUGUCUGGUGAGGAGACUGAGCCAUGUGCCACAGAGCACCAGGUGCCAUCUCCACACCCAGGCCCCAGGUUGUUCCCACAAUUAGCCCAUCCCAGUGGCUGGGUGGCUGGCUCUGGGGAGCACUUGGGUUCUGGGAGCAGAGGCCCCUGCUCAGCGUCCUUUGGCCACAAACAUCUAUGGCAGAGCCGGCCGCACAAGCCAAGCAGCCGGUGGUAAGCCGGCAUCCCUCCCAAGCCUGGCAGGAGAGAGUGGGCAGGACGCUGCCUGCCUAAUGCUGAGCCACAUCCCACUCUGUCCUGUCACCUGCUGGAGCCACCACCACAGGAGAAUGGCGGCCCCUGCACAGGGAAGAUCCAGCCUCAAGGCUGGAGCUGGGGGCCCCAGGACCUGGAAGUGCCCCCCAGCCCCGCCAUCACGGCCGCCACCACCAGAGGAGAGGCAUGGGGAGAGGCUGGUGGAGCUGCACACCUCCUUCAGAGAGCUGUUCGCCUUCUUCUGUGCCAACGCCACCAUCCACGGUGCCAUCCGGCUUGUCUGCUCCAGCCAGAACCGCCUCAAGACGGCAUCCUGGGGGCUGCUCUUCCUGGGCACCCUGGGCAUGCUCUACUGGCAGUUUGGGCUCCUCUUUGAGCAGUACUGGCGGCGCCCUGUCAUCAUGACAGUGUCUGUGCAUUCGGAGCCAAAGCUCUUCCCAGCGGUCACUCUGUGUGACAUGAACCCGCACCGGCCCAGCUGGGCCCACCACCACCUACAGGCACUUGAUGAGUUUGCCCAUGAGAAUAUCUACUCCCUCUACAAGUUCAACUUCAGCAGGAGCAGGGACACCCCCAUCAUCAAGGACCCCGGCCCCGAGCCCGCCUUCCAGCUGGACCGUGGAAUCCACCUGCAGAGGCUGAGCCGCUCGGAUGGCCAGGACAGAGUGGGUUUCAGGCUGUGCAACAGCUCGGGCGGUGACUGCUUCUACCGGGCCUACUCGUCGGGUGUGACAGCUGCCCGGGAAUGGUACCACUUCCACUACAUGAACAUCCUGGCCUUGCAGCCCGUGGCCUCUGAGGACAGCCACAGAGGCCACGGGGGCCACUUUGUCUUCUCCUGCAGAUACAACGGCCAGGACUGCGAGGCCGGGCACUUCCAGACAUCCCACCACCCCACCUAUGGCAGCUGCUACACCUUCAGUAAUGAGUGGGUUGCGCAGCGCCCAGGUGUCACCCAUGGGAUCAGCCUGGUCCUCAGGGCUGAGCAGCAGGACCACCUCCCUCUGCUGUCCACGGAGGCUGGCAUCAAGGUCAUGAUUCACAGGCGCAACCACACGCCUUUCCUGGAGCAUCGAGGCUUCAGCAUCCGGCCGGGGACUGAGACCACCAUCGGAGUCCGAGAGGAUGAGGUGCACAGGCUUGGGAGCCCCUACGGCCCCUGCACCCGCGGCGGGCAGAGUGGGGCUGUGCGGCUGCUGUACAACGCCUCUUACACCAUGCAGGCCUGCCUGGUCUCCUGCUUCCAGCAGCUGUUGGUAGAGACCUGCUCCUGUGGCUACUACUUGUACCCCCUGCCGGCCAGGGCCGAGUACUGCAGCUACGCUAGGCACCCAGCCUGGGGUCACUGCUUCUACCGCCUCUACAGGGACCUGGAGGCCCACAGGCUUCCCUGUGCAUCACGCUGCCCCAGGCCCUGCAGGGAGUCUUCCUACAAGCUCUCUGCCGGGACCUCUCGUUGGCCUUCUUCCGAGUCAGUGGACUGGAUCCUGGCCGUGCUGGGCAAGCACAGCAACCGGAGACUCACGGGGAGCCCAAGCCCCAGGAGCAACGUUGCCAAGGUGAACAUCUUCUACCAGGAGCUCAACUACCGCACAAUGGACGAGACUCCUGUGUACUCGGUGCCACAGCUGCUCUCGGCCAUGGGCAGCCUCUGGAGCCUGUGGUUCGGCUCGUCCGUCCUCUCUGUCCUGGAGCUGCUGGAGCUGCUGCUCGAUGCCCUGGCCCUCGCCCUGCUGCUGGGCUACCGCCGGCUCCGCAGGCCUCGGGGGUCCCAGCGGGGGCCGGUCAGCUGACCAGUGGCUGCAGGCAUGACAUCCACCACCCUGGGGGCCCAUCUGGUCUCACCUUCCCACAGUGCUUCCGGGAACUCCGGCAGGAGUCUCGGCUGAAGAGUUAGGCCAGUGUGGCCUCGAGACUCCCAACCCCUGAACCAGCCUGAACUCGGUCUGACCCUGGGGGCUGUGGCAGCAGAGGGCUCUCCUGGUUGCCCAGGAUUGGCCAGGCGAGCCCCACGGGGCCUCCUCAGGCCAAGCCAGAACCAGGACCCUUAGCUCCAGAGCUCACAGGUCGGCAGGUGCCCAGCCACCCUGCCCAGUGGUGGCCUCGCAGGUCUCAGGGAGGCCCCCCAGCAGGGAGGAGGGUAGUGUCCCCACCACUCUGUGUUCCAGGAGUGACUCUGUGAACAUGUGUGAGCAUGUACAUGCGUGGGGUGUGCCUCCACGUGGGGGAGUGCUUGGAGUGUCAUGUGUCUGUGUGUCUCCCUCCCCUAUGUGCAGGUGUGUGCAGACAUCAGGCAGGGCCUUAGCUGAGGGAAGGCGGGAGAAAAGGCAGGACCAGGCUGGGCACCGGGUGGUCUUGGGCUACUUUGUAAUAAAAUCAAUUAUUCUGCCUGGUGGCUAGA